GGCUUCGACUCGGUUACUCGUCGCAGCACGACUCUCUCUCUCCCUCUCUCUCUCUCUCUCUCUUCUCUCCUCCAUUCGACUGAGCUCGCGGCGCUGAGCUUCCAUGGCGUUCCUGCUCAACCGGACCGGCGCCGUCCUCUCUCAUGUCCGAUCUCAUCCUCAGAGGACGGAGGGCGCGAUCCCGCUGCCGCCGCGCCGCGGAUUCCACGUCGAGCCGGGGGCUCGCGAGAAAGCGCUUCUGGCACCAGAUCCAAUUCUAAGCCGUUUCAAGUCGCAUAAGAAGGGUGUCAAGCAGUUGAAAAGAAUUGGAGAUGUCCUCACGAUUGUUGUCAUUGCUGGAUGUUGCUAUGAGAUCUAUGUGAAAGCGGUGAUGCGAGAAGAAGCUCGAAAACAGGGGAGUGCCUCUGGUGAAAGUGCUUAGUCAAGUGUUCCUUGUAUGUUUGUUUAGCCUUAGUUUGGGAGAACAGUGGCCAAUAAGCAGGACAGAAAUGCUCCUCAAUUUGUAGUUUUGUAUCUCAAAUAUCCAUAUCUCGUUUUAUUGGAUGGAGCACAUUUCUUCUGUCGUUAAAGGUUAGAUUGCCCAACUUUGCUUGAUUUGCAAGAUAAGAAACUCUUCGGAUGGCAAAUGGAGAGAGUGCACAAUUGGUACA